CUUUACAUGUGCAAUGCAUUGCAAUUAAAAUAGAAAAAGUUCUAAAUAAAAAGGUUUAAUAAAUUUUGUUGACCGAAUGUACCCAAGUUUUAGUGUUAAUCAAGAAGUGCUUGUUAUUCAUUAGAGCAAAUGAUCCAAGAGUUUAUAAAAAACAGCUGAACAGAAAUAUCAUACAGUUGACGAAAUAGAAACAAGCCAAAAAAACUUGUAAAAGUUCAAAUUCUGACGUAUCAGCAAUUCCUCUUUUUCCUGUACUGUUGAUAAAUUGACUGUAGAAAUGGAUGCUCAAGAAAAAUCUAGAGACCAAAUUAAAUCAGAGCGAGAAGCAAAAAAAUUAGCCAAGGCAUUGGCCAAGGGCAAAAAAAAUGUUAAGGAUAAAGGGGAGACAAGUCAACCAGCAGUGCAACCAAGCAAUGUCCAACAGAGUGAAGUGCAACAAAAACCAGCUGUCCAUAAAGUUAAUGUGGUUACACAAAACAGUUCUGAAAAAAGUAAAAAACAGUUAAAAGAAGAGAGAAGAGCUGUGCAAGAAGCUCAGAGAGCUGCCAAAGCUGCUGUGCCAGCUGAUAAGAUAAAAAAACCUGUGUGUGAAAAAAAAGACGACAAAGCUGUCACGAUAGUCAAAAAAGAAGCCGGAACAAAGAAAACUGUUACCUUAAGUGCAGGAAAAGAUAACUCAAAUGCUGUUGAUUUAUUCAAACAUUUAUACAUUGACAGGAAUAACAUUGCACGACUACUUAACUCUAGUUAUAAUAACAUUCAUCCAGCAAUAAUCAGAUUAGGUGUACAGUACGCUGAAAAAGUGAUUGUUGGUAGUAAUGCAAGAUGUGUCGCACUACUUGCUGCUCUAAAGCAGCUUACUAAUGACUUCGAAUGCCCUUUGCAAGCUGAUUUUACAAGAGAAUUAGAAGCUAGCUUGGUAGAAGCGAAAAAGUAUCUUGAUUUUUGUAGACCUUUCUCAGUUUCAAUGGAAAAUGCUUUGAAACACUUGCAAAGAAAAAUGUGCACGUUUCCUGCAACCAUAUCCGACAAAGAAGCAAAACUCAAGUUAGCAGAUGUAAUUGAUACUUACAUUGAACAACAAAUUGAUCUUGCGGACAAGGCAAUAGCCAAAGCAAUUCAAAAGAAAAUUUUCAAUGGAGAUGUUAUAUUAACUUAUGGAUUUUCUUCUGUGAUUCACAAAAGUCUUUGUGAUGCUCAUGACUCUAAAAAACAAUUCAGAGUGAUUGUAGUUGAUGGGAGGCCUUGGCUAGAAGGUAAAGAGCUCCUUAGACGACUAGUCAAACAUGGAAUUGACUGUUCAUAUGUGUUGAUCAACGCACUUAGUUUCAUUAUGCCACAGGUGAGUAAGGUGUUUCUAGGAGCUCACGCAAUUCUAGCAAACGGUGCUGUUAUAUCGCGAGUUGGAACUGCGGAAGUAGCCCUAAUGGCUAACGCUUUUAACGUUCCUGUUCUCGUGGCUUGUGAAACACACAAAUCUUGCAAACGCGUCCAAACGGACUCGAUUGUCUUCAAUGAAAUAGGCGAUUCGGAUAAACUCGUAAAAAAUACGUUUAGCGAUUCGAAAAAAUCGUGUUUAUCUAAUUGGACCAGCAGAAAGACGCUCAAUCUACUCAAUAUAACGUAUGAUGUAACACCAGCAGAACUAGUAACAGCCGUUGUUACAGAAAUAGCAAUUUUGCCAUGUACAAGUGUAGCUACCAAUUAUUUUGCGAAUCUAAGCUUGUAAAGCAAAAGCUAUAAGCUAGCACU